GGUCAACGACCUGUUGUUGCUGAAAUCCAUCUCUUAAUUGAGUGUCCACGAAAAUCUUUUAAUGAUGCGUUAAACACGCUAUGUGGUAAAAUACUACCGUCCCCGAGUGUGCUUGUUAUACUAGCAAGCAAUGGUUUUGAGUAGGAGACACUUUCCAAGGGAUUCUAAAGAAGAACUGGGUUGUCUCUACAUUACCUAGGAAUUCCGCUGUUUGUGGGAGGACGUCGGGUGUCACCAACUUGUUGCUUCAGCAGCAUCUCCAGGCGGGGAUUUUGGUCCCUGUAAAAUGCUGAGUUUACUCCGCCGGACGCUGGGCCGGCGGUCUAUCCGCAAACACGCUGAGAAGACGCGACUCAGGGAAGCACAGCGAGCCACCACUCACAUUCCGGCAGCAGGUGACGCCAAGUCCACCAUCACCUGCAGAGUCUGUUUACUGGAUGGAACCGACGUCAGUGUUGAUCUUCCGAAAAAGGCUAAGGGCGAGGAGUUGUUUGACCAAAUCAUGUACCACCUGGACAUUGUUGAGAAGGAUUAUUUUGGACUUCGUUUCAUGGAUUCAGCACAAGUGGCGCAUUGGCUUGAUGUCACAAAGGGCAUCAAAAAACAGGUUAAAAUUGGACCACCGUACUGUUUGCACAUGAGAGUGAAGUUCUACUCCUCAGAGCCAAACAACUUGCAUGAGGAGUUAACAAGAUACCUGUUCGUUUUGCAGUUGAAACAAGAUGUGCUAAGUGGCAAGCUGGAAUGUCCGUUCGAUACAGCCGUGGAGUUGGCUGCAUUUUCCUUGCAAGCUGAGCUGGGGGAUUGUGACCCAGCAGAACAUACACUGGAUUUGGUGUCUGAGUUUCAUUUUGUACCAGAGCAGACAGAAGACAUGGAGCUGGCCAUUUACAAUCACUGGAAGGACUGCAGAGGACAGAUGCCCUCACAAGCGGAAAUUAACUAUCUGAAUAAGGCAAAAUGGCUGGAAAUGUAUGGAGUGGACAUGCACAAAGUGAAGGCUCGCGAUGGCAAUGAAUACAGUUUAGGGCUUACUCCGACGGGGGUUCUGGUAUUUGAAGGCGAAACCAAAAUUGGUUUGUUUUUCUGGCCAAAAAUAACUCGUUUGGACUUCAAGAAAAGCAAACUGACUCUUGUGGUGGUAGAAGAUGAUGAACAGGUAAGGGCAGAAGAAGAUGACCAGGGAAAAGAGCAAGAGCACACCUUUGUGUUUCGCAUGGAUCACCCCAAAGCAUGCAAGCACCUGUGGAAAUGUGCUGUUGAACACCAUGCAUUCUUCCGUUUGAGAGGACCUGUCCAAAAGGGUUCUGCCCGAUCUGGCUUUAUUCGAAUGGGGUCACGAUUUCGCUAUAGUGGAAAGACAGAAUAUCAAACUACUAAGGCCAAUAAAGCACGGCGAUCAGCUUCUUUUGAGCGCAGACCCAGUCGACGGUACUCGAGGAGAACCAUGCAGCUGGCUUCGAGGAGAUUGCAGCCCCCCUACAAUAAUGGCUUAAGUCCAAACAAGGACAGAAAGGAUCAGCCUGGCUCCGUGCAGAUGGUAACUCCUGUGGUGGCAAGCUCACAUGACAAACUGGAGACAUGGGAAGCUGACAUACCCCCCAGUGAGCAGGCGGGCACCAGUUCUCCAGCAAUCAGCAAGCUUCAAUUAAUUGACCUGGUGGAAGCACAACAUGACGAGCUCAAGGUGUCAAGUUCUGCGACGGCAGCCAUCCAGUCAGAAGAGGCCACUUUUGGCGUUGUCCCUGAAGUUCCCUGCGUUCCCCUCACAGACACAAGUGCAUGUCUCAAGCCACCAGCAGAUCUGCAGAGCACUUUACUCCUUACCCCUGCUCAGCCUGUCAUCUACAGCAGCAAGACGGUAAUAAGCAAGGAGGACAUAACAAAAAAGGUGGAUGUUUAUGAUGAUGUCUUAAAUAGCAGUCUGGGGAUCAGUCCAGCACAAGAUGGCUUCUUCCUCAAAUCUCAUGCAGAAGAUACCAUGAAGGAUGAGUGUAUCACUUUAGGAAUUGAAAGAAAGACGAGACAGAGAGAGGCUGUGUCCAAGGGAGCUGCUCUUGGGAUUGAACCUGAAUCAGAGAGGCUCAAUUUAUCUGAAACGCAGCUGUCUGUAGAACCUGCUCUUAUGAAGGACAAAUCGGAUGAACGGGACAAGAGGGAAACCACCCAGACUGAGAACUUGAUAGAUUUAACGGACACAACCCUGGUUAUGAGGAUGACUCAGAGACACGGACCUCUGCACAUAGGGCAGGUGCAGCCGAAACCGGUCAUCACUCCAAGAUGGAUUAUCCCAACAUCUGCUCCUGGCUUGUCCAACAAUGGUCUCGUUGGACUUGGUUGUGCAGAAAAGACAUCUACUUUCCCACAAGAAGGAUUUCCACUGACUACACAAACACAACUGGCAUAUGCCCAGUGCAGCAUUCCAGCACCACAGAAAGAUGAUGAUGACCACAAGCCCAAGGGACUACUAACAACGGACCUCUAGAUUUAGACAAAUCAGCUAUACAUACACUGAUUAUUUUUUGUUAAUGAUGCUAUAUUUGGAUAGUCUCAAUCACUGUCAUUUUAAUCUCUUCACUGUUCCUUAUAUAAAUGUACAAUUAUUUACCUCCUCCAACCACUUUUUCCAUCGUCAACAACACUGGCAAUGUGUAUAAUCUCAUCUCAUUAGUUUUGUGUUUUUGAAUUCUGUCAUAGUGCUUACCUUUAAUCCAUUGACCUUUUUAUUCCUAUCAGUUGUAUGUCAUUUUAUUUGCCUUAUUGUGUUCUUAAUGGAUACAUUUGUAAGAUGUCAUACAUGCAAAAUUAAUUUGAUUACAAUUGUAACCACUGUCUAUAAUUUAAUUACAAUUUUAUCAUGGUGGUGAUGUACUGCCACUUAUGUUUAAGGCUCUUUUUGCAAUAAUUGCCAUGUAUGUACUCUUGACCUUUUGCUUUGUAGUUUGAUUUUAUUUUCACUUUUCAUCCAUUGCUUCACAACACAAUGCACGAAUGUAGAAGCGGCUGUAUCAAAAUCUCGAUUGCUGUAGUUGAUGCAGAUGAAAAUAAAACCUUUUAAAACA